GAGAUAGCCCUCCUUCUGGAUCGUCCUCGAGCUGCCACCGUAGUGGCGCAGGGUCCCCUGCGUUGUGUGAAGCUGGACAGAAAACGAUUCGAGCGAGUUAUGGGUCCCUGCUCCGAUAUCCUCAAACGCAAUAUCGCCAAGUACAAUAGCUAUAUUUCGCUCAGUGUCUAA